AUGGCCCCUGUAAAAGUCGCUAUCGCUGGAGCCACAGGCAACCUCGGCCUCCCGCUCGUUAAGGCAUUUCUUGACGCCAACUAUUCCGUCAUCGCAUUGACCCGUAAGGGAAGCAGCAGCGCCUCGAAACUCCCUCAGUCCAGCAACCUCACCGUCAAGGAGGUCGACUACACCUCGGUACCCGAUCUCACAGCAGCUCUCCAAGGCGUUAAAGUGGUGGUAUCGACCCUCGCAACCGCCAGCAUAGGCGAGCAGAAUCCCUUAAUCGACGCGUCCGUCGCCGCCGGCGUGGAAAGAUUCCUCCCCUCCGAGUUUGGCAGUGAUACAUGCAACCCUAAGACCGCGGCAUUCCCAGUGUUCAAGUUCAAGGUCGCAACGCAGGAAUACCUCAAGUCCAAAGCCAAGGAAAACCCGAGUUUCAGCUACACCCUGGUCAUCACCGGCCCGUUUUUUGACUGGGGCCUCGAGUACGGCUUUUUUUUGAACCCUGCCAAACAUUCGGCGACACUGUACGACGGCGGCGACGCCAUUUUCUCCACCACAACGCUCAAAUCCAUCGCGAAGGCCGUGAUCGGGGUCAUUGAACACCUCCCCGAGACCGCCAACCGCGCGGUCUACGUGCACGACACGGCCACCACCCAGAACAAGCUGAUCGCCUACGCCAAGGAGAAGGACGGCAAAGACUGGGACACGACCGUCAAGUCGACCAAGGACAUUUACCAGGAGAGCUUGGCCGAGUUGACAUCGGGAGGAGACAUCGGCAAGGCGAUGGUAGGGUUCAUUCUCAGCGGCAUCUUCGGCGGCAAGGAGACGGGCGGGUCCUUCGAGGGCCGGACGGACAACGAGUUGUUGGGCCUCAAGGAGAUGACUGAGCAGGAGGUCAAGGAGGUUAUCCAGAGCCUGCUGUAA